UUCUCCUUCCUCCUUGAAAACACAAUCAUCAUUUGAUUGCAUAUUUUGGGGAUAAAUUUUAUUUCAAAACACACACAGCCAGAGAGACAUGCUGUUAAAGACAGACAACUAAUUCCUACAAAGAAACAACAUCAACAACAGCAACUCCAAGGUAAGAAAGAAACAAACAACAAACAAAAGGUUAGAGAAUAGAGAUCAUUCAAAACCCGAUUAACUGGUUGGGUCGGGUUCGGGGUUCUCGGAUCCGAUUCUCUGGUUCAUCAUUGUUGUUGUGGUGGUGGUGGAGUGUUGUAUUCUCUGAAUCGGUCUUAACAAUUUAAUCUUUCUAGUUUAGGUGUUCCUGAAGUGUGAGGUCUGAAUGGCUGGGAUUGAUGAUAAUGUUGCCCUUACUGGUGAUUGGGGUCUUCAUAGCCCAAGUCCGAGGACCCUUUUUUCUAGAAUGCUCGAGGAAGAUAAUGUAACAAGAUCAAUCUCUGAACACCCUGGAAGUGGUAGAACCGGGGAUCUCUUUCCAGGAACUCAUGACUCCUCUGAGACAGGGAGAGCGAACAUGAGAGAGAGCUCGCAAGAUGGUAAUUCUGGUGUGCAAUUGACUGAUCCGAGUUUUCAGACUGAGCAGAAGUCGAACUCGAACUCACGGGGUGGUCUUGUUGAAAGAAUGGCGGCUAGAGCUGGGUUUAAUGCUCCGAGGUUGAAUACAGAAAGCAUUAGAUCUACUGACCUUUCGCUUAAUUCCGACAUUCGGUCUCCUUACUUGACCAUACCACCUGGUCUCAGUCCCACCACACUCUUAGAUUCUCCAGUGUUCCUUGCAAAUUCACUGGCACAGCCAUCUCCAACAACAGGAAAGUUUCUAUUUACUUCAAAUGGCAACAUCCGAUGCUCAGAAUUAUCAUCUGAUGCUCCAGAAAAACGUAAAGAUAAUGGCUUUGAUGAUUUCUAUGCAUCAUCCUUUGCCUUCAAGCCUACAACAGAUUCAGGAUCCUCUUUUUAUCAUGAUGCUGGAAGAAAGACAAAUCAAACUACACUUCCUCAACAAUCCCUUCCUGGUAUUGAAGCUUCAGUUCAGUCAAGACCUUCUUUUCAAUCUCAAAGUGUCGAUGCAGUCAAAGUUCAAACUGAGAACAAAAGUGGCCUGGAACAUUCUGCACCACUUGAAGAGCAAGCAGAUGAAGAGGGAGAUCAGAGAGUCAAUGUAGACACGGUGGCUGCUGGUGUUGGUGGCGCACCAUCUGAAGAUGGAUAUAACUGGAGAAAAUAUGGCCAAAAGCAAGUUAAGGGUAGCGAUUACCCACGAAGUUACUACAAGUGUACACAUCCGAAUUGUCAGGUUAAGAAGAAAGUAGAACGUUCUCAUGAGGGCCACAUAACAGAGAUUAUCUACAAGGGAGCGCACAACCAUCCAAAACCUCCUCCGAAUCGCCGGUCAUCGGGCCUAGGGUCAGUUAACCCUCAUACUGAUAUGCAAGUGGACAAUCCUGAACAUGUUGAGCCACAGCGUGUCGGUGAAGGUGACCUGGGCUGGGCUGAUGCACAAAAGGGAAAUAUUGCUGGAGCUGGUAACUGGAAGCAGGACAACCUUGAAGUGACAUCAUCAGCAUCUGUUGGCCCUGAGUAUGGCAACCAGUCCACCAACUUGCAGACUCAAAAUGGAACUAACUUAGACUCGGGAGAAGCAGUGGAUGGCUCGUCUACUUUUUCUAAUGAAGAAGAAGAAGAUGAUCAAGGCACUCAUGGUAGUGUAUCUUUAGGUUAUGAUGGGGAAGGAGAUGAAUCAGAGUCUAAAAGAAGGAAACUUGAAUCAUAUGCAACAGAGUUGAGUGGAGCUACCAGAGCUAUUCGUGAGCCUAGAGUUGUUGUACAGACUACUAGCGAAGUAGAUAUCCUCGAUGAUGGUUACCGAUGGCGGAAAUAUGGGCAAAAAGUUGUAAAGGGAAAUCCCAACCCAAGGAGUUACUACAAGUGCACCAACGCUGGGUGCAUGGUGAGGAAGCAUGUGGAGAGAGCAUCACAUGACCUUAAAUCUGUGAUCACGACCUAUGAGGGAAAGCACAACCAUGAUGUCCCUGCUGCUCGCGCUAGCAGUCACGUCAAUGCCAAUGCGUCUAACAAUCUUCACGGGCAAGCUUCUGGUGUUCUUCAAAGCCAUAUUCAUAGACCUGAACCAUCCCAAGUUCACAACAGCAUGGGAAGACUUGAGAGGCCUUCCCUUGGCUCAUUCAACCUUCCUGGGAGGCAGCACCUAGGACCUCCCCAUGGCUUCUCCUUUGGUAUGAAUCAACCUAUGCUCUCGAACAUGGCAAUUCAGUCAAUGCCUUUUCAUCCAUUUUCGGCACAACAGCGCCCUGCAAAUGAAAUGGGGUUCAUGUUGCCAAAGGGAGAACCAAAUGUGGAGCCUAUGCCUGAACGUGGUGGCCUUAACAUGCCUAGUCGAGACUCAUCAGUAUAUCAGGAAAUGAUGAGUCGCAUGCCUCUUGGACCUCAUAGAUAAAAUUUUAUUCCCUUAUUCUUUAAAGAAAACUAAUGUUUAAAUUUUUAUGACAUACAUAUAUAUAUGUAUUUAAUGCUCAGGCUAUACACAGGUAGACUCCUCAUUACUAUAUCAUUGUAAUGUGUGACAUUAUUCCUCACAUGUUAAAAGGUAAAUGUAGUUUAUUCUGGUGUUUUUAUUUCA